GCUUAGCUCUAUUAUAAGUCUUCAUAUUCCAAGAAACUCGCCAGCUCCACGCAUCUGCGCUUCGAAGACCCAAAAUGGCGCCUUGAGCUGGGUCCUUAGCCGCCCGCGCUUGGAAGUCGUACUGUCAUUAACAGGUAAGGAAUAUUACAGGUGAGUCCGGGUCGUAGUCAGGGUCGACCUGGAUUCUUUUGUUCACCUUUAAAGACGGGAUGAAAAAGCCUUUUUUUCUUAUCUCAUUGCUCUAGAAAGAAAAAUCAAUCAGCAAGCUGGAUAUUGCUAUCAAUAAUCUAUAACGUAUAAGUCGAAUAUAGACUUGUUGCCUAUAAUUCUUAACCAACUGUCGACUUAUAUAAUAUCUUCAACCUCUCGAUAGCCUCAAUGGUGGCUAUAUAUCCCCGUUCACCAAUCAAAGCCCUACCCCCUUUCGGCUACCUCAUACCCUCUCUCCUCUUAUCUUCCCUCCUCCUUGCCCCCCUCGUCAGCAGCCAAACCGUAAUCGUCAUAACCGUCGCUCCUCCCAUCCCUAGCGAAGCCCCCUCAUUCACCAACCACGACACGUUCACUUCUGCCAUCAUCAAUAGCACCAACUUCCACCGCACCGCACACAACGCCUCCACCGUCCGCUGGAACGACACCCUAGCAGCUUUCGCCUCGGGAUACUUAUCUUCACAUUCUUCCUCAUCGCCAUAUUCCCAAAAAGAGACCUGCCGCAUGAAACACUCAGGAGGCCCUUACGGCGAAAACCUAGCACUAGGAUGCUCUGAUGCAGGAGACUGCGUAGAUCUAUGGGGCAACGAGGAUGCACAGUAUAACUAUGAUGACCCGGGAUUCAGCGAGGCGACGGGGCAUUUUACGCAGUUGGUAUGGCGCGAUACGACAGAUGUCGGGUGUGGAGCGAAACUGUGUCCUGGGAAUUACGGUUGGUAUCUUGCGUGCGAGUACUGGCCGCGCGGGAACAUCAUCGGCGCGUUUGCCGGGGAGGUUGGGCCGGAGAGCGGUGCAGCGGCGCUGAGGACGAAGAAAGGGGUGGGCUCAAGGGCUGCUGAGGUGUUGGUUGUUGGUGCGGCGAUGGUUGCGUGGUGGGGGUUGGUAUGAUGUGUCUAUACUCGAGUAUAGGCGAGCAAAAAGCGAUGACGGGGUUAGGUUGAUUUGUAGGUGUAUAUAAACUUGGGCGUUUAGGGUUGGGUAUCUGUGGUAAAAGGAGUAUGAUAUAUGAUUAUGUGUAUUAUUCAUACGACUCGGAACGAAUUUGCAUAA